CAUAACGUUUUUCUUUUAAACCAUAUUAUUCUUUUUAAAUAUUAGUUUAACGGGAAUACCGGAUGUCGCGUGUACCUAUUAGCGAUGAGCAGGCGCAACAGAUGAUGGCGAAGCAGCAGGCUCAACAGGAAAAGCGCGAGGCUUUUGAGGAGCAGAAGGAGAAUAUGCUACGCAGCUUCGUUUCCGCGGAGGGGCGUGAGCGGUUGAAGCGGGUUGCGCAAGUGAAGGCGGAGCGCGCGGAAUCUGUUGAGCUCCACAUUAUCAAGGCCGUUCAGCAGGGGAAGCUACAGCCGCCGGUGAGCGAUACUGUCGUGCGGGAGCUUCUUAGCCAAAUCGCCGGCAGCGAAUCGGGUGGAAAGUCGAACAUAACGAUCCUCCGCAAACGAAUGGAUGACGAUUGGUAAUCAAAAAAGUAAGAUGGCUAUGCUAACGUUGAAGUCAGAGUUCGAUAGGGAAGCUUUUAGGAAAGAUUUGAUUAUGUUGGAUAAAUGUAUUGGUUUUAAAAUUGAAAAAGUGUCGAUGUUGUUUUUUCGUGGGGUAUGGGGGAGUGUGCGAUUGUAGGUGUUCGACUACCUUCUUUUAAAAAAACUCAAUAUCUUUAUUUUUUAUAUGCUUUCUUGCUUUCGAUUGGCACACUGUAUCGCAUAGAAAAAUCAGGAAAGUGUAAAUGGCUAUUUGUAAUGGUGAUAAAAACGCAAUUUCGACAGCACUGAUAAUAACGCAUUCAUACUUUUUGUACCCAAAAGGAGUAGAAAAAAUGUGGUACGAGAAUUAUUGUUAUUGCGAAAACUCACACUUUUUUUGAUAGAUACCAUAAGGUACGUUGGAAACGCUAAAAAGAUUGCAUCCCACUUCUCUUUCCCCUUCAUCA